UCAUCAUGAUUAUCGUCAUCGUUUCAAUCAAAAACCCUAAUUUGUAUUUUGCGAUUCACUUUCAGCCUCGCAUUUCUCUCACCUCACCACUUUCUCAUUUUCUCGUCCAAAAUCAUAACAAGCGUUUGAUCUACAUAAUCAAUCAUCAACUAUCGAUCCAAUUUUAUUUUCGCUCCUUUUUAUCGGUUUGUUAUUCUUUUCUUCAAUGUUCCUCGAGAUAUUUUUUUUAAAACAGAAUAAUGACUUUUGUUGUUUUAGCUUUUUUGCAAUUGACUAUUGUUCGAUAAUGUGUUCUAUUUGUUUGAAUGGUUCGGUGAUGUUUUUGAUUCCGAUUGUUUUGGGGAUUAGGGUUAGAGUUACGUUGUCAUAAAUGAUUUGAUACAUGCGGAAUGUUUUGGAGGAUUAGAAAUGGAUUGGAUACAAUUAUGUUACAUGUGUCCCGAUUAAUUUUGAUUUUAUUCUAAGUUCAAUUGCCUUCUAAAAUUAGUUCUUCGUUGUGUUAUGUUUUUUUUCCUCUUAGUUUUGUUUUCGUUGUAAAUUUUUGUUGAAAUCGCUGUGAAAGAACAAUUGUGGUACAAAAGGAACAUUUUGUGUUGUGGUUAGCUGGAUGUAUAUUGAGCUGCGAGAUGGUGCACGUUUUCUAAGAACACAUAUCAAUUGGCGCAUCUUUUAGAGUGUUUUAAGAGGGCGUUUCAAAUAGAAGUAUUUGCUAACAAAUUGACGGUAUGUUAAAGAAUCACGGACUGAUUGUUUCCUCUUAGAUUGGGUUGACAGUGGUUUAUCCGUUUUGCCAUAAAUCCCAGGGUUAUAAGGAUGAUAGUUGCGUGAGCAGCUAAUUGCUGACUGAAUAAACAAAUAAAACUUUAUACCUUAGCUCAACUUUGGGAGCAAGGAGAAGAAUUGGUGCUUCCAGUUUGUUGCCAAGGGAAGUUUUUAUUGCAUCAUUGCAUUCAGGAUGAUAAGUUUGGAUUUCCAUUGCUAAGGCCUUUGAUGUGCUAUCCCUUUCUGAACUAGGCUGCUUAAAGGUGCAAGUGUUACAGGGCUGAAUGGUUUGGCUCUUUGUGAGGGAUCAAAUUGAAACAGAGCUUAAAAACUGUGGACAGGAUAUUCAUGGCUUUUUGUUCGCUCUACGAUGUGGGUAAAGUGAGUUUGUGUCUCACACUCUCACUAGUAUCUGUUUGACGUAUGCUUUUCAGUCAGCUGCAGAAACAUCAGAUUUAGUCAACUUCAAGAAUUAUUUGUAAUCAUAUCAAUGAAUUGUAUGGCUAUUGGAGUCUGGAGCUGUCCUCCCGCAAGAAUAAGCAAAUUACUUUUUGAUCAUUUGCUCUCCAGUUAUCUCUCUGAAAGAUGUCAUCCGCUUCAAAAUCCAAGUCCAAGGAAAAAAGGGUAGGAAAGGAACAGAAAACUCCAUCAAAGUCCUGCAUAGCUGUAAAUGGAGGCAAUGGACUGCCAGCUAGUGCGUAUAACCCAUUGUUAGGAACAUUUCAUACCCUCGAGGCAUCAUCCACAUUAUCAGUUCCAGCACUUAAUGUAAAUGGUCGUUUUCGCAAUAUAGAUGAUUCCGAUGAUCAUAGUGGGAGUACUCAUGGAAGUGGAGGUGAGUAUGAUUCUGCCUCCAAUCAAGAUAGCCGAUCCGUGGAGUCAGAAGAGCACAAUAAAGAGAAAACAUCAAAUGCUCCGAUCAAGCAGGAGGUAAUCCCAGGGGCUGACUACGAGAGGCGAGAAAAAAUACGUCUGAAAAAUGAGAAGAAGCACCAGCGUCAGAAAGAAAGACGAGCCCAAGAAUUGCAUGAACGCUGCUGUGGCUAUCUUAUGUCAAGAAAGCUUGAGGUCCGUGCUCAGCAGGUUGUGGCCAUGGGAUUUACUCACGAAGGAGCAACCAUGGCUCUUAUACUAAAUGAAGGUCGAGUAGAAGCAGCAGUUAAUUGGCUUGUAGAUGAAGAAAAGGGAGGUAAUAAGCAUAAAGUUCAAAAUCUUGACACAGGGAGUAAUUUGAAGAUUGAUAUCUCAGAAGAACUUGCUCGGAUUGCUGAAUUAGAAAAAAAAUAUAUUUGCUCAAAGCUAGAUGUUGAAAAAGCCAUAGUGAUAUGUGAAGGUGAUUUAGAAAAGGCUGAAGAAAAUUUGAGAUCACAAAAGCAGGAUCAACCAGCUCUUUUGCUUAAGCCAGAUGAAACUGGCGAUCCCCCACGUUUUAGUGAUGGUAAGACAUCUGUAGCACCUAGUCAGAGCGAUGUCAGGCUGCUGCAAGCAAAGCCCAAUUUGGCAACUUUGGUACCCCAGAGAAGGGAUGAAAAGGAUUUUAAUUACACUAAAGCUGCAGUUUCUGGAGCGCUGGCCCCCAAACAGUUUCCCAUUGCUGUUCAACCUCUUUCAGGAGCUCAAGCCAAGUUAGAGUGGGCGAGACCUCGGCAAAUUGCUUCAACAGCAGAGAAAAGGUGGCCAGUUGGAGCAGGGUCGAGCCCUUCAGUUUCAUAUUCUUUGGCACCACCUCCACAGGUAUCACCUCCGCCGACCAAGGUAGAUUCACGAUAUGCUACUCAUGGUAAUGAAUUUAAGAAUCUUCAGUCAGGAUCAUUUAGAGAGCCUGUAGUUAUGAUGCAGCGGCCUCAGUCUGUAAAUGCCAAACCAACCCCUGCAACAAGCAUUAGCUCCUCUGCUCCAGGCACAACCACUUUGCGAUAUCCUAAUAGUUUGGAAAUUUUGAAGCCAAACGGGAUAUUGCCUCACAUACCUAGCGCUAAAAGUCUCGGUCUAAACAACCUGACUGCAAACCAAUUUUAUCACCCUGCACAAUAUCAGCAACAUCAACAUCAACAUCAACAUCAGCUGUUUAUGACGGGCAGUAGUCAAAAGGAUAAUCCAGCUUCCACUCCUAGUAAGUCCUCAUGGUCCAGGAUGGGUGGGAUUCCGAUGCUCACACCUGCAUCCUCUCUAGGGUUCUACUCUGGGAUGGGUUCAACCUGCACGUCAGGGUCAAAUGCUGCUGUGGAUUGGAAUACUAGUGGGUCAAUGCCAUCAUGUGACUAUACCAAUAUAGAUUGGAGCUUGGAUGGAAAUUUCCUGCCUACGAAGCAAAAUGGGUUGUGGUUCGGGGUGGCACCCUACAUAAGGAGUAAAGGGGCUCAUCUGUAUGAAUCAGGAUCAUCUGCCAUGGGUGUUAAUCUGGCUAUGAGACCAUCUUCUCCUAAUGGUAAUGGUGUAUCAAUAGUUGGGUUGCAAGAUAGUGGUGCGGGUAUGACUGAUCCAUCAGGUGCCAGUUCUCGAGAGUGGACAUCUCCUUUCGAGGGGAAAGAUCUCUUUAGCAUACCUAGACAGUUUGUUUUUUCUCCCACACUGUAGUGUUGUGGUUAGGGAGAAAUCUUAUGAAUAAAAGUUUUAAAAAAAAAAAAAAAAAAAAAAAAAAAAAAAAAGAGAACCCCAGAAAGAUUGUGCUUGAAUUUCAUAUGUUUGUGCUCCAAGGUUUCUUUUGCGGUCUUUCAUGUUUCUAUAUAUAGUAGUCAUUACUCAUUUGCAUAUUUGAUAUUUCUCGUUAAUGACC